UCUAAAUGCCUGCAAUUCUACGCUUUUAAUUUUUGUUCUAGAUUUCUAGUGCUCUAUAUCGGCGUCCUGAUUCUCUAAAAAUACUCCUUAAAGCGAAAAAUAAAGACAGAAUAUAUCGUUCUUCAAAAUGUUACGACCUAUAUCGGCCAUUGGCCGGAGAAUUUCGUUAUCGAGUAGUUCGAAGGACUCGAUCAGGACUAAAGUGGUUCGUCCCGCUUCUCUCUUGAAACCGGCAGAAAAGAUUAAGCUGUACAAUAAAGAGAACAAAGAUCUGUUCGGCCCGUUAUUGGAGACAAACAAACAGAGGAAACAGAAAUUACGGAAGUCUGCUAAAAAUAGCAAACUCGCGGAUCAAAACAACGGAGCGUCGGCGCCUAGCGAAAGUGCAGUGAAAUUCGACAGUAGUGCUAAGAAAAAUGAUAUAACCUGCCUCAAAUACAAUCCUGUUCUGCCAGUGGAGAUUUUUAAAAGAAAAAUGUGGCAGAAUACGAGGACUUGUGUUAGUUUUGUGGGUGUGCUGUUAAAUAAUGCUAGUGUGAGAGGUUUGAAGACUGCAGCAGCUGUCAGUGCGGCUAGAAGCACGGCUGCAGAGCAAGGUUAUGUGUCAGAGGACAAGAUUCUUCAGAUCAAGCCCUACCGGAAUGAUUAUGCCCAGCAAUACCCAUCGGUGACUCUGAUUCUGAACAAAACUAUGACAAAUGAAUCUAGGGCAGCAUUAGAAAAGUGGAAACAGGAAAGGAUUGCUGAAAUGGGACAAGAGGAAUUUGAACGAUUCUAUCAAGCUCAAUUGGCUCUCGGCUCAAAAUUCCACAGCACGCUCAAAGACUACUUCACUCAGCCGAAGUCUCAGCUCCGUAUAGAGAAAGAUGUGGAGCCAGUCUGGAACUCGGUAGCAGAGGUCUUGAAGCACAUAUCAUCUCCGAAAGCCAUCGAGUCCAACGUAGUACACCCAGUUUUGAAAUACAGAGGGAUAUUUGACGCUAUCGCUUAUUAUGAGGACAAGCCAACCCUCAUCGAAUGGAAGAAAUCCGAUAAGCAACGCAAAUCCAUAGCCACGACCUACGACAACCCAGUCCAGCUAGCAGCCUACUUCGGUGCAGUCUGCAACGACCUGAACUACAAGCAUUUGAACGUCCGGGACGCUCUUCUAGUCAUCGCCUACACCGAUGGUUCCAAAGCUGACUAUUAUCAUCUCUCGAUGGACAAGCUUAGGGAACACUGGGCCCAAUGGCUGAUACGGUUGGAGACGUAUAUGAAGAAACAUGGACAGGACUCGGAGAAGAUUUUGAAAGGUGGAAAGAGAUUGUUUGAGGAAGAAAUUGGGAAUCUCCAAUAAUUAUUGCUGGGAUAAAGCGGAUGAAACAUUAAACCGAAGAAAUAAAGAAUUCAAGCUACUGUCAAUAUUUGUGAGUCUCGGUCAAUGUAAGAUUUGUUAUGAAAAAAAAAAGAAAAGACUGUUGUUGAAGUUGUGUCGGAUAGUCUUCCCAAAUUGAAUGAAAAUUGCCUAGUUUUCUUAAGCUUUUCCGGAUCUAUUAUAAUUGUAUAAUCAUUAUUGUCGUGUUAUAAUAUUAAGGUCAUGCUCGGAUAAGAUAUAACAUCAUUUUCUAUAAAGCUUACAGGAGUCAUGUUGGCAUUGCGCUAUCUUUCCUCGAAAGUCCCUUCGCGUAUUUGUACCAUCGCUCACACUGUUAACUGACAGUUCGUAAACCUUAUUACAAAAUGCAUAGGGUCCAUCGAUGGGCAGUUAAUUGUUUCUGUUUGUAUAAGUACUAAAACAAAUUGAAUUUUGUGGCGUUACAUACAGCAGAAACUCGAUUAACCGAACUCAUUGACAGAAAUUUGUUUGAAUAAUCAAAGGUCUUUUUUUGGGACGAGAUCAAACAAAAAGAAUACGUUUUUACUUAAAAACAGUAGUACAUAUAUUAAAGUUUGACGUACAAAUUAACGUUAUAUUAUAAAACACGUAAAAAGUGUGGAUAAUUGAGGGUUCGGAUAGUCGAGGUUUUACUGUACUUACUUGAAAUUUGGAAACACAUAUCGCUUUGAGUUUUACGAGGCUAGAUGUAUAUUCAAUUGAGUAAAGUGCUCAUGACAUAGUCAACUAGAUAGACCUAACAAUGGAACUAAAUGAAAUUGAUGUGUUGUAAAAGUGAGAACUCUUUUAGACAAUUUGACAUGGUUCCAUGUUAAUCUAGUCCAUUUUGUUUGGCUUUGACCUGUGCCGAACCCGGGACACGCACCCUAUAUCCGAGCAAGACCCAUUAACAAAGUAAUGGUGAGAUUCAAAGUAGCAGUCAUUUUUAUCGUUUAUCGCUGUGGAUAAGAAAUGGGACACUUUCAUACUUGCCUUGGCUUCAAUCUUGUCUUAUCCACGGCGACAAACGGCGUGAAGUGUUGAAUUGUUAUGAAAGUUUAUCGAUAGCACUCGGGAUUUAAUUAUGAUGUGAAAAUUGUAAUUAGCUUUGUUAGCGAAAAUUGUAGCGAAAUACCAAAAAAGUAGUAGGUGCCUAGUCAGUUUCGAAUACAAUUACAAAUUCUUAACAUAAUUAGAUUUUUCAGAAUACGAAAUAAAUCAUAGCAUUUAUUAGCAAUAACAUAAACUUACAUCACUACCUAAAUCACAUAAGAAUAAUCCCUUUUUCACCUCAGCAGCUCGAACAAGGGUACUUUGCUUCUUAAAAACAGUGAACAAAAUGCGAUUUUGCUCACUGAUUGUGGGUCACUCAGUGAGCAAAAUGCGAUUUUGCUCACUGAGUGAGACAAAAUGACAUUCAAGUGACCUUUAUGGUCAUUUCAACAUGCGGGGUCUAAUACAAGUUCGAUAUACUUGGGUUCUAUUAUCUCUGUCCCUCUAGGUAUGUUCUCACUGCUUAGGGUGAAAAAUUUUGUGUACUACACGAGAUCAAAGUUAUUUACAUCUCGUGCGCUUUAUGAAUCCCUUACUACGCUCAAGAUUCUAAAUUAGAUUCACUCGCUACGCUCGUGAAUCUAUUAUAGAAUCUUUCGCUUGCACGAGACUUAAAAUAAGCACUCGAAGAAAUAUCAAACUUUGAUCUCUUGUUGUACAAAUAACUAUUGUUUCACUUUUACGCGGGCUCUGUCUUACAGUUCAAAAUUCUAGUUUUGCGCUUUGUAUUAAUAUCGUAACUACAUACUCAGAUGUUUUUAUUUUUCUUUUGUGCUGUACUUACUUAUAUUAUUUUUUAUUUCUGUAAGGUAAGUUCAUAUAAUAGGUACGUUUAAUAAUAUUAAUGCUUCACAAAUGUAGACAUUUCAUCUUCCUUUAAUUUUAAGCUCUGGCAGAUUCGAAUAAAUAUUAAAUAAUUUCAAUGUCGUAUGUUAUGUUAUGAACUCGGCCGUUACUUUUAUAGAAGGCCUGCUCUAUCAUACUAUCAUAUUAAAUAGGGUGUAUUCGGGCAAUUUUGUAUAACGGAUAAUUCCGUAAAUCUGAUGAAAAUUACCCAAAAUUCCAUCACAGUAAGAGUCUCUUUUCGGAAUUAUCCGACGGUUUUCGACUUACGUACGAAUAUAUAUACAGGUGCGACAGAGAGGCAACAUCUCUGUCGCACAUGUAAAUUCGUAUGGAAGUGUGACAGGGACGCCUUCAUCGCAUUAUAAAUACUGAGUAACGUGUGGAUGGAAACUUUUGUAAACUCUAAAAUCAUUAUUAUGUUCCAAGUCUGAUUUCUGUUUGUAUUAUUCACUCCAUAUAUCUUGUAAUAAAACAAUAAUACGUUAA